GGGCUCUAAAGGGUUGACGCGAAAGCUCACGCUAGGGGUGUGCUGCAUGCAGAACAAGGCUACUAGUAACCCCAUGCAGUCCUUGUUGAGGAGACUAGAUGCUAGUGGUGCCUUCAACAUCAUCAUUUUCGAUGAGAAAAUGAUCCUGGAACAGGACGUAUCCGAAUGGCCGAUAGUCCAGUGUUACGUGUCUUUCCAUUCAAAGGGCUUUCCACUUUACAAGAGUUUGGAAUACGUCAAAAUGCGCCAUCCAGUGGAGAUUAAUAAG